AUUUUGUUUUGAUAGCUUGACACUGACCAACCCAGCUGGUUUGUUUUCUUUUCCUGAAAAUUUUUCAUCCUUGAGCGUCGAUUUUUAUACAAUUCAAAAAAUAAUCCAUGCAAAAUGCAAUUUUACAUCAAAGAAGUGUAGUAUUUAUCAAUUAGUGUAAUAUAAUGUGUUUUCCAAGUGUAGUUUUUGUGUUUUUGCUGUGAAUAAGUGAAGCUGGUAACGGGUGGCACGUUGCCCACUGCAGACAGCUUAAAAUAACAAUUGAACGGCAUUUUAUGAAUUUGUGCUUCGAACGCAGACAAUAAAAAUUUAAACUAUCGAUUUUCUACGAUACCUCAUGAAAGAUGCACCUCAACCACGCCACUGCAAUGGCUAACUACCAACAUUACCCGCCACCGCAAAUAUCAACGCAUGGUGGCACGCCCACCACGGUACAGCAGCAGACUACCAUAGCGACGGGCAGUACACCAUUUACACUACAUCAAUUAACUGCUGUACAAGCUAUACAACAUCCGACGCACCAGGCUAUGCUGCAUCCGCAACACCCGCUGGUACAUUUACUUGAUAUUUCUACAACAAAUACACCGAAUCCAACACCAGUGCCGCCAACGAAAGUGGAGGUGCCGGAACCCGAACCAAUUGAGGUGAAAGUAGAAGAUCCACGCAAGAAGAAGGAAUGCCACGUCUGCAAGAAUAAAUUUCGACAGUUAACUACUUUGCGCAAUCAUAUGAAAAUCCAUACCGACGAACGGCCGUACAAGUGUAAGCAUUGCGAUCGCGCCUUCCGCCAAAUUUCAACGCUCACCAAUCAUGUGAAAAUCCAUACUGGCGAAAAACCAUUCACAUGCACUAUAUGCGCUAAAGAUUUUCGCCAACAAAGUACACUAAUCAACCACAUCAAGACACAUAAAGAAUCAAGUACACCAACCUCAUUGUUGAAUUAUCAGCCGGGUAAUAAGAUAAAUCAUCGCAAUUCGAAAUUGGCUCAAAAUCAAAUGGUAGACUAUCAAAAUCGAUCCAUAACAAAAACCCUAUAUACUGGUAGCUACAGCUCACCGCAGGCCGAGGAGCUGGUCAAACCGUAUCAGUGCAAUGUAUGCAAAAGACGUUUCCCACAAUUGAGUACACUACACAACCAUGAGCGGACACACAUCGAUCCCAAGCCGUAUAAAUGUGACACAUGCGAUAAGUCCUUCACACAACUGGCCACUUUAACCAAUCACAAAAAGAUCCAUACCGGUGAUAAGCCAUAUGCCUGUUCCUUUUGUUCCAUGCAAUUUCGACAGCAGAGCACUCUAACCAAUCACAUGAAGACACACACCACAGCCGCCAGCAAUUCGAAUGCAGUGCCAACAACAACAACAACAAUGGCAGCACCACAUGGCAUCAACCAUAUGACAUCAACUCUUGUGGCACAUGGAGAACAUCCACCACUCAAUAACAUGGUACACCAGCAGUUGCAAGCCGAACAUCCACUUUUGCAUUUUCUCGAUAGCAAUACAACAGUUAGCACCAUUACGAAGGAGCCAUUCAAUCCCAAUACCAGUCGCCGUUUCAAAAACGAGGCCGACAGCUUAAUGCUGGAGAGUCCGGAUCGCCCGUUCCCGUGCGCCAUUUGCCGCAAGGCCUUCUCACAACAAAGCACUCUGGCUAACCACAUUAAGACGCACACCGGCGAAAAGCCAUAUAAAUGCAAAGUGUGCGAGUCGAAUUUUCGACAAUUGUCCACCUUGAAUAAUCACUUGAAGAUACAUACUGGCGAAAAGCCCUACAGCUGUUCCUAUUGCCCUAAGCAAUUCCGGCAGAAAAGCACUCUAAUUAAUCAUGUCAGAAUUCACAAUUGUUAAGAAAUGGCCAUGCAAAUACAUAAUUAUAACCAGUAAUAAGUAUAAUGACGUUGGUGGUUCUAAAGCUAGAUGCAGAUGCAGUAAAAAAAAUAAAAAUAAUAAUAGAUGUAUUGGCUCUAACUAGCCCAAUUGGAAAGUUGGCAAUUUGGCAGAUAACAAAUAAUCCACACACACAACCAAUAAACAUGUUUUAAAUGGCAUUAUCGGCGCAUACCUACCACACCACACCACACGUUGUUACAGGUGGAUGCGAACAAUGGUAGUAAGGCAACAACAUUGUUAGUUCGAUGUUCAAAUAACUAUAAUCAGCUGCUAAACGUAAUGAGUUACCUACCUGCUGUGCAAUAUGUAUUGUCCAUGUAAAUUUAUUAUACAUAUACUAAAGAGAGCUGCGAGAGUAAGUGCGAAUUUCGUAUGACUAACAAUACAACAACAACACUGUUGAAUUCAGGCUCCAGGAAAGUUGCUUCUGCAAUAGUAAUAUCUUACAGUUUGUCGUUGUGAAUAUCUGACUUCUCCUGAUUGGCCCUCUUAAGUAAUUUGGCAUGCAGUCCGUUCCUUUGUAAAAGUUUGUUUCAAUUGUCAACCGUUAUUGCGUAAACGUUAAUUUUUGUUGUUAACUGUUUGUUUUAGUAUAUCCAGUGCAAUCUAUUAUGGCAUUAUGGGAAUGAUUGCAACAAAGUUAAUAUAGAAGCUUCAAAUUUUCAAUCUACAAUUUUUUAGAUAUUUAAGUGCUUUGAAGCUGAAGAAAAACUUUCUGACGUGUUUGUAGAUAUUACUGUCUUUUAUCUACUUGACUCCGAGUAAACUGCUUUUUAUUUAAUAGUCCAAGCUUAGUAAUUGUGAACCCAUAUUUGUAAUUGUAAAUAGAAGCUUUGAACAAAAUUUAGAAUAUUUUUAGUUAGAAUUUGUUAUGUAAUAACUGCCGAAUAUUUGAUUUUUUUUUUGAUUUACUCAGCAAUAAAUUUGAAGAAAAAACGGAAAUCUAAAAAUAUUCCAAAGUUCAGAACAGAGUUCUGCAAAGUUAAGCAAAAGUGUUUGCAACUUUUUCCGAAAAGCAAUUGGCGUCCAAAUUAUCCAUCCACAGAGUAUUUAUAACGAUAGUUUCAUAUUACUGUUACAACAACAAUUCCUGCGAUGUCAUGAAAAUGAGUUAUAUGUAGUCAACUACAUACUAUGAAUUGAUGCGCUUACUCUUGCAAACCUCUGCUAUAUAUAUACAUACACAUACAGGGUGUUCUCUUUUGUUUCCAAAAAAAAAAAAGUUCGCUUCUUGUUUGUGCGGAUGUUUUUGUGAACAAAAAGCAAAAAACAGAAAAGGUAAAAAUAAAAUAAAGUAAAUUAAAAAAAAAAAA